AUCUGAGGUCACUUUGGGUGACUUAUUGCUGCGGCUCAUGGUGGGACUUGAUUUGCGCUCAUACAGCUUACCGGUACGAUCUCACAUCGUCUCAGCACUCAAUUGUCUUACAGCGUCUUUUGCAUCGACCACCAAUGUCCAUCUUACACUCGCAAGAGACGCUGGUCGAGUCGGCCCCGCCAACAAGACUCGUCUUCCGCCCCAACAGCAUGUUUUCGAGCACAAUCUCGGACGGCGCGAGUGGGCGCGCGCUCUACUCUGUGAAGACCAAAAUCCUGGGCGUUGUGAGAACGGAUCUGGUGCUCCCCGGCACGAAGGAGGUCGCCGCGCAAAUCACACGCAAGGACCUGCUCCCAGACACCGUCGCGUUUCGCGAGCCAGGGUCCGAGAAGCUGCAUAAAACGAAGCUCAACAAGUGGCUGUCGAAAGGGGAGUCGAUAGCUGGACAGCCGUUGCCGACAUACGUGCUGGACAGCGCCCUGCAUGGCCGCUUCAAGAUCCGCAUGCACAGCGAACACAGGCUCGCGCUGUUCGCGUCCGACGAUACGACGAUCCUCGCGCACUGGGACAUGACCCCGUGCACUCGCUCGGGCUCAUUCGCACUGGCGAUGUCUGCCACGUUGGACAGUGCAUCGCGGCUGCAGAUCCUCGUCGCGUUCAUGUACCUUGAGCAGAAGCUGCGGAAUCUGGAAGAAUCCGGCAGGAAAGACAGCCGGACGCGUGCGUCAGGCGGUGCAGAGCUCCCGGAUCUCAAUCCCUAUGCGUUCGGUUCCCCCAAUCUAUACGCAAGUCCGAUGGUGGGUGCCGCGUUUGCCGCUUUCUUUCAGUCGCAGAAUUAGACCCAUGUGCGAUCGAGAGUGUAUAUUGUUAUAUAUUGUAAUGUUGGCGAUGGUAAUCAAAGGCCAGACGCAACAUUUCGGAGGGAGAAGCCAGUUCUGAGCAAGCGAGGUCCACCUAAGGAAC